AUGUAUCAACAGAUUUAUGAGAAUUACGGGCAGCAUCACCCACAGCAGCCACUAUCACAAUCGCAUGCGCAACAACAAGAAGACGAUGGCAGUGCAGAUCAUCACAGCAAAUCCAUCUUUUUUCAUGACACUAGCAACUCGAAUCAGUCCCAUUAUUCCUCUCCUUUGAACGGCACAUUCAACCUUAGAUACCCUUCAUUUGAUGCCUCUAGCUUUGAUCCACAUGCAACAUCAACAGCAGCCUCGCCGCAGUAUGAUCCGUCGCAGGCAUCGACAUCAGCAUCUACUCGAGCAGAAGACCAAUCAGCCAUCCAUGCGUUUAGUCACUUUCAUGCGAUGAGUUCGCCUCAAGAUCUGGUAGCAACUUUGACAAACACGCCCGUCUUUAGUCAUGUCGAAAUUGGUUCAACAACAGCACCGACGUCUUCACCUAUCGCUACUACCACUGUCACUGCUACCACCAUUCUUCCGCCUCUCAAUACAACGCCGAUCAUCAUGGCUCCUCUGCAACAUCAUCAAACGACAUCACAUCAGACGUAUCUCCUAGCACAAAAGAAACCGCUCAAGGGAUCGCCUCGACCGUCUCGAGAACGAGCACCGUGGACGCCUGAAGAAGACAACCUCCUGAAACUAGCAGUGCAAUUGUAUGGCGAUAAGACGGAGAAAUGGGCCAAGAUUGCAGCCUGUGUACCAGGCCGUACGAAUAAGAACUGCAGAAAGAGAUGGUUUCAUUCACUGGACCCGUCUUUACGCAAAGGGGCUUGGACAGAAGAAGAAGAUCAGUUGUUGCGAGAAGGCGUGAGCAAGUAUCCCAAUCAGUGGAGCAAAAUUGCAGACAUGCUGCCAGGUCGCACAGAUGAUCAGUGUGCUAAACGCUGGCGAGAGAGUUUGGAUCCAAGCAUUGAUCGAAGUGAGUGGACGCCGGCCGAAGAUACCUUGUUGAUGGAGAAAUACGAAGAGUAUGGAUCGCAAUGGCAAAAGAUUGCCUUCUUUUUUGAUGGACGGCCUGGACUGCAUUGCCGUAAUCGAUGGCGCAAAUUGCAGCGCAUGGUGCAAGUAAAGAAGGAUAAAGAAGGCAAUGUCAAUACAUCGUUUUUCAAUACCAUGGCAGGAGAGCAACCGCUUCGAUUUCAGCAUACAAAUCCUACUUCUUUGGCUUCGUCGUCGUCAAAAACGAUCCCUGCCAUGCACAACAAUGCCACUUCAACGACACCACAUGCUGCUGACAGUAGCACACCGUCGUCAAUACAGCCACAUGCCACACAUCAAAUGCCACAUCGCAUCAACUCGACAGACGCAUCACAGUCAUUUCAACAUUUAACAACGUUACUACAACAGCAACAACAAAUGCAGCAGCACCAAACACAACAUCAUUCGCAGCAAACAGGGCAAGAUCCAUCCGUGUUGGCACAAUACACCAACAGUAACAGUACACCACCGACGCAAGAAGACUAUGACGACUAUGGCAACGGACUCAAGCCCUAUGGCUGUGAUAUACCUGGUUGUUAUGCUGUUUUUGCAGACUCAUCUGGUUUAUUUUAUCACAUGAAGAACACACAUCCCAACUUGCAUGGUGUUGGAAAACCUUUUCGAUGUGCCAUGGUCGGAUGCACCAAAAAGUACAAGAAUAUCAAUGGUUUGCAAUACCACAUCAAGGACGCCAAAGGGACUACAGGACAUGGCGGUGGUAUUUUGGCAGAUGACGAUCGUCCUUAUCGUUGUAUGAUUGGAACGUGUAAAAAGGCAUAUCGCACAGCCAGCGGGUUUAGAUACCAUCAGCAAAAUGGACAUCAAAUGCAGCAACAGCAGCAACAGCAACAGCCAGCAACUAUGCCCAUGUCGUCUGCUACAGUUGUUUUGCCACGACAACAACAACAGCAGCAGCAGCAGCAACAGCAGCAACAGCAGCAACAACAGCAACAACAGCAACAACAGCAACAACAGCAACAACAGCAACAACAGCAACAGCAGUUUCGCAUGAAACGGGCUAAAUGGGUCAUGGAAGGUGUUUGA